CCACCCCCUCGAUCGCAACACAUCCACCUACCAACCCAACACCAAAACACAACCCACACCCACUACGUCCAACCCGCGACUUUCUCACUCACAACACCCGCCCCCCACCACCGAAACCACCACCACAACAGCUCCCGCAGCCAUCAUGAGUAUCGAGCUUGAUCCAUCCGAGCUAACUUUUCAGCGUCCCUUCACUUCCGAAGUCACACAGACGCUGCACAUCAGGAAUCCCAACUUCGAGCCCGUCGUCUUCAAGGUCAAGACGACCGCCCCGAAGCAAUACUGUGUCCGUCCCAACUCUGGCCGCAUCGAGUCGGGAAAGGAGGUCGAGGUUCAGGUGCUCCUGCAGACGAUGAAGAGUGACCCCCCGGCCGACUACAAGUGUCGCGACAAAUUCCUGGUGCAGUCGAUCAGCAUCACUGCCGACCGCGAGGCUACCAACGUGCAGGAGAUAUGGUCACACGUCGAGAAAACUGAGAAGUCGGCGAUUCGCGAACGCAAAAUUCGCGUCGUGUACCUGCCGGCGGGCGAGAGCACUGGAAGUGUCCAUGAUGGCGCCAGCAUCAGCGAUAACGCCAACCGCGAGGCUUCGUUCAUGUCCUCGCCGCCACCUUAUGCCACUCCCGCGGGCGACAACGGCCGGCCCACCACUGCCAACGACGGUAACACCUCAUCAGAGCUGGCAGCUGCGCGGGCGACCAUCGCACGUCUAGAAGUAGAGCUCAACAACGCCACUGCGCGUCUGGACUCGGAACUCAACAGUGUGGGUUCGCGACUGCGUAGGACCGCGGGUGCUGCAGCCGAUGCGAAGGGCCGCGUCACAGAGGGCGCUGCUGGUAUGGGCGUGAUGACCCAUCCUCCGGAGGGUAUCCCCGUCCAGAUCUGCGCCGCUCUAUGCCUGGCCACGUUCCUCCUCGCGUGGUUCUUCUUCUAAUCCGAUCGCCGGCGCUGUGUGUGUGUGCGUGUGUAAUGGCGGAUCGAUGGACGGGACCGGUGGAUGGAGGAUGCUUAUAAUAAGUCUUGUGCCUGGUGGAAGGGGAUGGGAUAGGCUGGCGGGAUGGGGUGGAUAUGGGGGUGGAGGUGGGGUAGAAAGGG